UACCCUUCAGAAUUCCGAGAUCAUAUCUCUCCCACGUCAUUGUGGCGCCAAACCAUAGGAGUGAACCUGAACCGCCAAGCCUUAUCGUCUCAGUGACGGUGUUUCAGGUCACGGCAAUGUUGUUAGCCAUGGCUUCUUCCCUCUCCAAGCCUGCCUUCACUGCCACCUAUGAACUUCACCACGAAAAAGGCUCCAAAAUCAUCCACCAGAAAUGGCGAAUCAGAGCCUCCUCUGCUGCCCCCGGUGUCGACCUCAAGACUCUCGAAUCCGCCAUUGCUAAGAAAGAUAGUAAUGCUGUCAAAGAGGCACUUGAUCAGCUGAAUGAAAUUGGUUGGGCCAAGAGAUGGAGUUCUCAGCCAUAUGUCUCAUGUCGUAUGGUCAGUCUCCAUUACAAACAUCUCUUCGGGAGCUGACAACCCUUGGACUAAAAAAUGCCGAGAACCUUGCAAUCCCAAGUGUCAGAAAUGACGCAGCUUUUCUUUUCACAGUGGUGGGCACAACAGGAUUUUUAGGUGUUCUUGCUGGUCAGCUUCCUGGGGACUGGGGCUUCUUUGUGCCUUACUUAAUUGGGAGCAUAUCUUUAGUAGUUUUGGCUGUGGGAAGCAUUUCCCCUGGGCUUCUUCAGGCUGCUAUUGGUGGCUUUUCAUCAUUUUUUCCUGAUUAUCAAGAGAGGAUUACUAGUCAUGAAGCAGCUCAUUUUUUAGUUUCUUAUUUGCUUGGCCUCCCUAUUCUGGGCUAUUCACUGGAUAUUGGAAAAGAGCAUGUCAAUCUCAUUGAUGAAAGGCUGGAAAAGAUGAUAUACAGUGGGCAGCUUGAUUCUAAGGAACUAGACAGGUUGGCAGUAGUAGCAAUGGCUGGACUGGCAGCAGAAGGUCUGAAAUAUGACAAAGUGAUUGGUCAAUCUGCUGAUCUUUUCACCCUUCAGAGAUUAAUUAACAGAAGCAAGCCACAGCUUAGCAAAGAACAGCAACAGAAUCUUACCAGAUGGGCUGUUUUGUUUGCUGGAUCCCUCUUAAAAAACAACAAGGUGAUUCAUGAAGCCCUAAUGACAGCCAUGUCAAAGAAGGCAACAGUAGUGGAGUGCAUUGAAGCAAUUGAGAAAGCUGCAUAGUUCUAAGAUCAGAAUCCUUUUGAUUUGAAGAUUCAGUUUUGGAUCAUUCUUGCCCCUAAAGAACUCUUGCACUAAUAGCAAUCUAGAUGAUUUUCAUUACUACCUUUGCCUGCUAGGCUACAGGAUAAUAUUCAUUCUGUCAAGAGAAAGUGAAAAUAUAUGAAUCUCUCGUAACUGUACAUUUUCCAUGAUAAUCUGGAAACAAUGGUUAUGAUAA